CUCUGAUAAAUGAUUACCUCCGUGAGUCAUGCUUUAUAGCAGGACUUUAGUUUCAUGGCAAGUAGAUAGACAGGAUUGUCAUUGGUUGACUUCUAUGAAUGUUUGAUAGUAAAUAGGCAGUACUGUAGCUAGAAAGGGAAGACAGAUAUAAGAAAUAUAUUUGCUUUAGUGUCCCAAAUUUUUAGAAAGGGUCCCAUGUGGCAGAAUCUCUCUUUACCAAGAGUAUCGAGUAUAAAGAGACAGGGGCAGGUCAUGGUUCCUUCCUUAUUGUCUUCCUGAGUCAAAAUGAAACUAAAUGAAGUUACUUUCGUUGUUAAUGUCAAGCACGAUACAAAGAGGCAAACCUCAGCAGAGCCAACGGAGAGCUUGUUAUUAGAGAACCAGCCAUGGAUACAGAUAAUAUGAAAGAGUUUAUAAUGAACUUCAGCCUGGACAACUGUGCUCGAGGAAAUCAGGGCUAUAGCCGGGUUCUCCUGCAGCUGUUUGGCUAUGCAGGUCAUGGCAAAUCCUCAUUUAUUAAUUCCUGUAAGUACAUAAUGGAUGACAGCGAAUACAGAGAAUAUGCUAAAGUUGCAGAUUCCAGAGAGGCGCCUGAGACUAUGAUGAGAAAUUCUUAUAAAUUGACAGAGAAUGUGACUUUGGUGGAUAACAGAGGGGGAGGGAAAAUGAAUAAGAUGGAGACUGGAGAAAUCUACCUUCAGCUGGGAAACUUUUUACCACUGGACGAAUCUGUCACAUGGCAAACAGGAUUUGAUGAUAUGAUGAAGAAAAUCUCAGCUUCUGAGAGGCAGGGCUGUGCCGCCGACUUCAUAGUCCCAGUAUUUGUGUAUUGCACAUCGUCCGGAAUAUCCCUGACAGAAGUAAAGGAGAUGAUUUCCAGUGCCAGAACAAUAACAGGAGUUGACCCAACUGUGGUUCUUACCCAUAAGUUAUAUGUUCCUAUUCAUCAGCUGACUAAAAUCAGAGAUACAUUUCGAAAAAUGGGGGCAAGGAACAUCUACCCUGUAGAAAACUACACCCAUGGGGAUAACCUGAAAACCAAAGGGAAACAUACAGCCAUCUUGCAGUGUCUCUACGAGUCCCUUAAAGAUGUUGAAUUCAAAAUGAAAGAGGAACUGAAUCCCAGUGAGGAAAGAAUCAAAAGGAAAGAGUUCCUAAUGACCUUUGCUCACAAAAGAGCUUUAGAGAAUCAAAAACAGCAAAUUAAAGAAAUGCAGCUUAAGGAACAACUAGAAAGGGAAAAGGAAAAGGAAAAGGAACAGGAAAAGGAACAGGAAAAGGCAAAGAGACGUUGGUACUACCUCUGGUUGCAUUAAACUAGAAAGCACCAAAUAUGUUUCAGCUGAAUAGGCAUCAUUUAUGCUUAAACAUUCUAGAGUUGGGUUAGCUGUCAUGGAGAAACCUUUCAGGCUCUGGAAAAUAAUAAGAUGUUCAUAUUUGGCUCUAUUUGUUCAGCUUCCAUAAAUUACAAUAUUUUUGAUUACACAGCAGUAAGUAUUUUAGUUAAGUAUUUCAGAUAAAAUUUCAUGAUUAUGUAUCUAUCUGCGAAUAAAUCGUUUAUACUGUU